AUCGAACCUGCGCUCCGAACGCCGCUUUUCGACGCAGAUUUCCGCACGACGCUGCGCCGACCGGUCAGGGAAAUACCUCCAUCCUCGCACCGAUUCAACGCGUACGCGCGCGCACGGAUAUUUAAUUAUAACCAGCGGGUAUUCGCCCACCUCCCCCCCAAAAACCCGCAGCAUCCGCUGCCUGGUUUGAACCCGUCACCCGGCCCGUUCUCCCGCUGCAUGCUCUCUAGAGAUCCGGGUCGAGCCGACCGAGCCUCGGCGAUGCUCUCCGUUGGUCCCCGGUGAACACCGGGUACAGCGUGCAGCGUUUUCUAUCCGUCAUGAGUCCGCUUUGACCCUCCGGGUGACGGUUCGGUGUGCAGCUGACUGGCUCCUAAUCCGCUCUAAUGAGAUAGAGACGCGGGGGGGGGGCGGUUUAUUAUUUUCUUUUGCAGAGGGCCGCCUCUCGGCUCCAAGCUGUGCCAAGGAGUCUCCUCGCGUGCAUGCGACCACGGUGGAGGUGAUGGCGAUGAUGUCAUCGGUUUGCGGUGGCAGGUGAUGAGCAGCAAGCUGGACCGCGAGGCUGCAGCCGUCGCCGUCGUCGUCACCGUCACCGUCGUAGUCGGUGACCUGCUGCAGACCGAUAAUGAAGAACAGGCUUUUCACCUAUUCAAGUCGCUGCUGAUUGGAUGCUUCUUGUGGAUGCAUGUCUCCAUUCAGCAAAUAGACGUCCGAAUACUUGAGUUAACGAGUGUUUUUUGAAUGUGGAACUAUAUUUCUACUGUGACACGUUACCCCUCGCUAGUGAAGCAUUGUGAUUUGUGUGGCAGGGUUGAGGGUUUCCCCCAAACAGCUGCUUCAAGCUUAACGCCAGCGACUCAGCUCUGGCUUGUCAGGCGGGGGCGUCGUCCAUGUGGGCGUCAUGCUGUGGGCUGCUGAACGAGGUGAUGGGCACGGGGACGGUGCGGGCGCAGCAGCCGGGCUUCGGGGCCGGGGCCGGGCCCUUCCGCUUCGCCCCCAGUGCCGGGUACUCCACCUACCCCCCCACCAGCGCCGGGAGCGCCGGGCAGCUGUGCAAGGCGUGCGGACUGGCCUUCUCCGUGUUCAGACGCAAGCACAUCUGCUGCGAUUGUAAGAAGAGCUUCUGCGCCCUGUGCUCGGUGCUCCAGGAGAACCUGCGCUGCUGCAUGACCUGCCACCUGCUGCGCGGCACGGCCUUCCAGAGGCCUCGGCUCAUGCGGCUCCGAGUGAAAGACCUGCGGCAGUACCUGCUGCUGCGCAACAUCUCCACCGACACGUGCCGGGAGAAGGAGGACCUGGUGGACCUGGUGCUCUGUCAUCGGGGGACGAGGGAGUCCCCGAGGCCGGUGGCCGAGGCCGAGGAGGGAGAGGAGGAGGAGGAGGACGAGGAGGAGGAAGAUGAAGAUGAAGAGGACACACAUGAGGAGGAGGAGGAGGACGAAGAUGAAGGGGGAGACGACACAGACAGCCUGCACUCGCUCCCCCACUCGCUCCCGGCCGCCUCGCCCCCCCCGGCCCCUCGCUCCGCCUCCCAACAGUCGGGGCUCUCCGCCUCUCCGGGAGACGCGCCGAGCCCCAGUGACAGCUCAGGGACCAGCAGCCAGGAGCAGGAGGACACUCCAACGGCGUCCCUCUUGAACCUGGAGCCGGCAGAGAGUUUCAUGGAGGUCAGUCCGGCGACACAGAGGAGGAUCAGGGCCUCGCUGUCCGAUCUGGACAACGAAGAGGCGAUCGAGAACCUCUCCGUGCGACAGCUCAAAGAGAUUCUCGCCAGGAACUUUGUCAAUUACUCCGGCUGCUGCGAGAAGUGGGAGCUGCUGGAGAGGGUGCAUCGACUCUACAGAGAAAACGAGCAGAACAGGAAAUCCAUGGAAAACGUGAGCAUAACUGCAGACGGCGUCAAGGCCCAGCUGGCGGCGGAUGAAAACCUGUGCCGCAUCUGCAUGGACGCCUUCAUCGACUGCGUGCUGCUGGAAUGUGGUCACAUGGUCACCUGCACCAAAUGCGGAAAGCGGAUGAGCGAGUGCCCCAUCUGCAGGCAGUACGUGGUGCGGGCCGUCCACGUCUUCAAGUCUUAAAGCCGCGGCGGUCGGCGCGGCCCCUCAGGUCGCCGCCCCCCCCCACCCCCGAACUCUGGAUUUACCGGCCCGAGGAGGAACUACUGUGCAUGACAUCUCGCGGCGGGGCCUAAUUGCUGCGGCGGGUUCGAGCAACUUCUGUGUCUUUGGAAGCAAAGACUGUUGCCUCUGGACAACCAUGGUCCCCCCCUACUAACUCAUAUUCAAGCCCACCUUCUCCGCCCUGUCGGACCGUCAUCAGCUGCACCGGGACACACACACACACACACACACACACACUCUCUCUCUGGUCUGUGAAACACAGCAGAAGCCCGUGGCGUCACUCUCUGCUCUCCAUCGCGGGUUGUGGUUGGUUCUCCGAGGAGACGAACGUGGUCCCGUGGAUACUUGAAGAGGAUCGCGUUGUUUGUACGUGGCGAUCGGGAGCAGAAAAAAAAAAAAAGAUCCCAGGGUUGGAGUUGAUAUCGUUUACACAGUCGUGCCACGUGACGCCGUGUUUUCUCCCUCAGUGUUCUUUAGGAUGUGCAAUAUUUAAAAGAAGAGACUUACGUGUGUUUUUAUUAAAUGUCUUUUUUGUUAACGCCGAACCCCCACGAGCAACCGGGUCGUCUCGUCUCGCACACGGAAGUGUGCAAGGUGCCAAACGUCAUGCCUUCCGAUUGAAAUUUGGUUCAGAUUUCUUGGGAUCUUCAAUCUCACAACCAGCGAGCUUGAUGUGGUGGUUUCAUCUCUUCUUUUCUCAAAUAGACUUAAAUAAGUGUGCAGCACUUGCUUAGUGAAUGAUGUGAUUGUUUUUGUCAUCGAGGACAAAGAAUGCUGAGACACAGAGUGAAGGUUCGUCGCCUUUUGAAACGGCAGUUUGAGGGAAAGAAAAGUCUUAAUCUGGACCUCGAGGCACUUUCACAGGCUUCCUCUGCGAGUUUGCUUGGUUGCCAUGGAGAUGGCUCGAUCAUUUGAAUGUUCUCAUCCUUCUCCUGAGGGAAAAAAAACCACGAGACAAGAAAAAUUUAAUGGGUCGACCUUUUGUGAAGACUUUUUUUCUUUUCUUUUAAUCUUUAUUUUAAAGACUCCCUUUUUCAUUCCAAAUAACUGCCACCAAACAAUUGCAUUUAGUGUCAGAGUCUACCACGUGUCUGUCUUUGAUCGUGCUGUCCGUUAACGUGUCCAUGAUCUUAGGCAGGUGACCGGUGCUACUUGUAACAUCUACGUUUUUUUGACAUGUUGUCGAGGCCUCCUUCCAAAUACCCACCACAGAGCGAGAGGCAGGGAGAGCUCGGUUUACGUUGACCUGUUUAUGCAAAUGAAACACUUUUUUUCUUGUCAUGUGACAUCGAGUAAACUCAGAUGUCACUAAAAUAUGUGUUCAGUAUGCCUGUGGUACUUUUUUUUUUUUUUUUUUUUUUUUUUUUUUUUAAAGAAGCGGAAGUGCUGUUAAGCGAAUGGCGUAGAUAACUUAUAUCGUUGUUAAGUCAUUAAAUGUAUAUUUUUUUCCAUUUACUUGGGAGGCGACAUGAUUUUAAGAUUAUAGGAAGCUAAAACGUACCGUUUUUUCAGAAUGUAUCUGCUGAGUUUGGUCGGACGGGUUCCUCUGUCCUCUGAUCACCUCACUCUCUCACCAUUAAAAGAUGCGUCAGUCGUA